AUGCAGUUCCGGAAUCCCUUCGGCCAAAAGGAGGAGGUCGCCGUCGCCGAGGAGGCGGAGGGCAGCAGCAGCAGCGACGAGGAGGAAUGGACGCUCGAUAAGGUGGCCAAGCUCGGGCUGGCGGGCGUCCUGUCGAUUGCUGUCGCCGAAAGCGUCUUCUGGAUUUUGUCCUUCCCUCUAUCUUCCAUCUUCUACUUCUUCGCGACCGGUGAGUGGAUCGAUCUCUUCACGCAAGAAGGGCAGGUCAAGUUCUUGGCCUUCACCGCCGGCUGGGGCGCGCUAGGCGGCGCCAUCGCUCAGUACCGCACGGUGCUCACCGCUGCCGCGAUCACGCCGUGGAUGGACGAGAAUGUCGUCAAGCCAUACCUGGCGCCAUUCCUCGACCGCCAGGGCAGCCAGGAAUAG